AUGCGGGACAGUGAAAGGGCGCCGGCGCCGGCGCCGGCGGCAGUGGAGCAGGAGCACGUGCUCUACACUGGCGCCGCGUUGAUUCCCUUUUGUGUCGGGAGUGUUGCGUUGCCGCUUUCACUCUGUCGUGCCCCCACAUCGUCGCCAGCACCGACCGCACCGCCGUCUGUGCCCCGUGGGAGGGCAAACCCCCAGCGACGCGCAAAGAAGAAAAGUCAGAAGGGAGCAUCACAUAAUGAGGGUAACGGCGAUGAUCCACAUGAUUACAAUGCGGGGAUCAGUCGAUGUACACACCUACGCUACAGUUACCUUCGAGAUGGGUCCUCCGCAGCACAAGACCUAGCUUAUCGUCGGGAGUUGUAUACUUCGGGCGAGGCAGGAACGCUGUCAGCCUCGGUAAGGGAAGAAGGAGAGGCGGCAACAAGCGGCUCCCAAUUGUAUGCCCUAGUUGACCGUGUGGUGUUUAAGCUUCCAAAUAGUUUCCCUGAGCCACAACGCGAGUUAACGCAUCCACCGUUCUUUAUCAUGGACGACACAUGGGCGGAGCACCUGGUGGAAAUGGAGAUUCACUUUCGCCCGUGGCUUGGUAUCGCGCCUUUUACGGCGUCGCACAUGGUGCUUCUCCAGAAACGAGCCGAUUUCUCACCUCAGUUGCUAAGCUCAACGUUUGGACAGACCAAACCGCCACCGACUGUUAUCUUGGCACCUUCUGAUCCGUUGCUGUCGCCGACAUCCUAUUCAGCGGCGGCCAUAACGAGACCUCGUUCAAAGAGGCAUGUGGAAGAACCCAAUGAAACUAACUCCGCAGUUGUUGCGGAAUACGACGCGGGUAUCGGGGAAGUUUGCACGGAGGAGCGGGGGAUUUGCGUGAACGUUGAUGAUCUUGAGGAAUUUUCCAUUGUUUCAGAGCGUCGAGAUGCGAUACGCAUCUUUCAUCCAACGUUGAAUGUGGCACGAUUUCUGGCCACCGUGCGGACGUUACCGCAGCCGGGGUUAGAGACCCCACCGUCGUUCUGCGUGCUUCCAGGACAAAAGAGUGUGCCAUUACACGUGCAGCCAGAUGCAGACAAUGCAUCCGCGGACAAUUCUUGCCGUGGCGGCGGGAAGCGAGGUCGGUCCAACGUCGCUGACGGUGGAGAUUCUUCAAGAGCCCAGGAUGUGGGGUCGCUCCCUCCUUGGUGUUUCCCUUUUGAGGCCAUUAUGCAUGCGCAUGAGCCAAAACGAAGAGACGGCGCCAUUGACGCGAUGCGGUCCGUCUUGGCGGCACUGCGGAAGGAGCAGACCGAGCUACGUGAGGGCAUCGAGCAAAGGAUUAGCUCGGCAGUGACCAACGCGGAGGAGCUCCGAGGUGUCAUUCAGAGGAUGCGGGAGACGUGUGCAUUACUGGAGAAACCUGUAAGACAGUAA